AUGGCACCUGCCAACAACAGCUUGCCUGCUGCAAUCUCUGAGUUCAUCCUCAUCUGCUUUCCUGGCUACCAAAGUUGGCAGCACUGGCUCUCCCUACCCCUGAGCCUACUCUUCCUCUUGGCCAUGGUUGCCAAUGCCACCCUUCUGCUCACCAUCCGGUUAGAGGCCUCUCUGCAUGAGCCCAUGUAUUACCUGCUCAGCCUUCUCUCUCUGCUGGACAUUGUGCUCUGUCUCACUGUCAUCCCCAAGGUCCUGGCUAUCUUCUGGUUUGACCUCAGGGCCAUCAAUUUUUCUGCAUGUUUCCUCCAGAUGUUCAUCAUGAACAGUUUCCUUCCCAUGGAGUCCUGCACCUUUAUGGUCAUGGCAUAUGAUCGCUAUGUAGCCAUUUGCCACCCCCUGCGCUACCCUUCCAUCAUCACUGAUCAAUUUGUGGUCAAGGCUAGUGUAUUUAUUGUGGCCAGAAAUGCUAUCCUUACUGCACCCAUUCCAAUCCUUUCAUCUAGACUUCAUUACUGUGGGAAAAAUAUAAUUGACAACUGCAUCUGUGCCAACUUAUCUGUGUCCCGACUUUCCUGUGACAAUUUUACUUUCAACCGACUUUACCAGUUUGUGGCUGGCUGGACUCUGCUUGGCUCUGACCUCAUCCUCAUCUUCAUUUCCUAUACUUUUAUCCUUCGGGCUGUGCUGAGAAUCAAGGCUGAGGGGGCUACAGCCAAAGCCCUGAGCACAUGUGGCUCCCAUUUUAUUCUCAUUCUCUUCUUCAGCACCAUCUUGCUGGUUGUUGUUCUGACAAAUGUGGCCAGGAAGAGAGUUCCCAUGGACAUCCUGAUCCUUCUCAAUGUCCUUCAUCACCUCAUCCCCCCAGCUCUGAAUCCUAUUGUCUAUGGUGUGAGGACCAAGGAGCUCAAACAAGGGAUCCAGAAGUUACUGAAAAGGAAAAUAUGA